UGGAAAACGUUAUAUAUCUUCAACGCAGACAAGAAAAAAAAGAUCAACAAUUGAUUGUUUUCGCCAACUUAUAUUUUAUUUGCAAUUAAUGGCUGGACAUGAUGUGAUCACACAAUUACCAACUGGUUACAGAUUUUUGCCCACUGAUGAGGAGUUGGUUAAACAUUACCUUGUCAACAAGGUUCAUUAUCAACCUUUUCCAGCUCUACUGGUUAAAGACAUCAACGCAAAGGAAUUUUACAGCAAAUCUCCUGACACUCUUGUGAAAAAUAUGUGUGGCGAAGGAGAAUGGUACUUCUUCAUACGUCAAGAUGAGUAUUUUAGAGGAAAUAUAGGAAAAAUUCGGAUUGUUGGAAAUGAGACAGGUUUUUGGCAAUGCUUUGGAAAAGAAUUUCCAAUUUAUAAUUCAGAAGGAGAUGUGGUUGGCUUCAAGGUUAAUUUGAAAUAUUGUUCUGGAUCGGCAAAGAAAAGUACUUGGACAAUGGAAAAGUACCGUCUAAGAUCUGAAUGUGGCACUCAUGACAACGAGAUGGAAGAAUGGGUUCUUGGAAGAAUUAUAAGAGGAAAAAAGAAAGAUUACACCAAUUGUCUGUAGAGCUUUUGUUUUCUCAAGGGAGAGAAAUGAAGUUAACAUUCUUUAUUUAUUUAUUUACAAUUCUUUAUUGAUUCUUUAUAAUAAUAAUAAUAACAAGAAUGAUGUAACUAAGCCAAGUUCUUUGUUUUUUCUCUUGUACGAAUAACUUGGCUAGAACAGAAAUGCUUUUUUCCAUUUUUCCACAAAAUGAUUAAAUUGUAAUCAAUAAAUUUAUGAUUUAA